AUGAAGCCUCGCUUCAAGUAUCGUUUUGUGUUCUUCGUGUGUCUCCUGCUACUUGGAGAGGAGUUCGCGAGAGCAAAACCUACUAGGGAAGCAGAAAGUGGCAGUACACCAGACGAUAAAAAAUAUAAUGAUGAUGACGACACAUAUCAAAGAGAUGAUCAAGAUGACACUUAUCAAAAUGAGAAUGAAGAUGCAGAUGAUACCGAUGAUGAUGAUGAUGAUGAUGACGAUGAAGACAGCGCCUCCACAGAAUGGAAUGAUGACGAGAAAUCCAAUGAAAGAUUUAAGCCAUUGACUCCUCAAGCUCCCGAAGAUGAAUGUGCAGGCAAAAAAGGAUGGGUAUCCGGGGCAUUCAAAGCUUUGAAAAUUGGCGCCAAGGUCAUCAACUAUGGAACAACAAUUGUAUCUUUGGCCGCCUCUAUCUACAAGGCCAUAGAGGGCUGCAAAGGGACAUACCCUGAAGCUGUGACCUAUUUGAAUAAAUUCAAUGCACAGAAAGAGAAAGUGGAAAACAUUAGCMAGGAGGUCGAUGACAUACAGUAUGAAGCCGAACUUGAUCAGAUCUACAUUCGGGAUUCCGCCAAUCUCUUCAGCAGUAUACUUUGCAAGCUGAAUGAAAUCGACACAGAUAGCGAAAAGCUCCUUCAAACGAUCAGUCCAGAAGUGCGGAUUGCAAGCUUGAACGCCAGCAAGGAAAUUACGAAAUUAGUAGAGCAGAAAAAUAGGACGAUGGAAAAAGUUCAAUAUCUUGAAGUUGAGGGACUGUUCAACUCCAGGCUAGAGAAUGCUCUGUCCAUUGGCUUCUCAGCCCUUGCAUUGGCAAUUCCUGCUGGUAUCGACAUAUUCAAGUUCUCAAAGAAACGAUAUAAAGAACGAAAAAUGGGCUUUGACAUUGAUCCCGAUUCCAAAGCUAAACUUCUGAUCCCUGAGCUCAUCAAAUGUGAUCUCUGA